AUGGUGCAAAAACUGCAGAUGUAUGUAUAUAUUUGCCUCUUCAUGUUGAUUGCUGCUGGCCCAGUGGAUCUCAAUGAGGGCAGCGAGCGGGAGGAGAGUGUGGAGCGAGAGGGGCUGUGCAAUGCGUGCGUCUGGAGACAAAACACGAGGGACUCCAGAAUAGAAGCCAUCAAAAUCCAGAUCCUCAGUAAACUCCGCCUGGAAACGGCUCCUAACAUCAGCAAAGAUGCUAUUAGGCAACUUCUGCCCCGUGCUCCUCCGCUCCGGGAGCUGAUUGAUCAGUAUGAUGUGCAGAGGGACGACAGCAGCGAUGGGGCUUUGGAAGACGACGAUUACCACGCUACCACGGAGACCAUCAUUACUAUGCCUACAGCGUCUGAUUUUCUAAUGCAAGUGGAUGGAAAACCCAAAUGUUGCUUUUUUAAAUUUAGCUCUAAAAUCCAGUACAACAAAGUAGUGAAAGCCCAGCUGUGGAUCCAUCUGAGACCCGUGAAGACCCCCACGACAGUGUUUGUGCAGAUCCUGAGACUCAUCAAACCCAUGAAAGACGGUACGAGGUACACUGGAAUCCGAUCUCUGAAACUCGACAUGAGCCCAGGCGCUGGUAUUUGGCAGAGUAUUGAUGUGAAGACAGUGUUGCAAAACUGGCUCAAACAGCCUGAAUCCAACUUAGGCAUUGAACUCAAAGCUUUGGAUGAGAAUGGGCAAGAUCUGGCUGUAACCUUCCCAGGACCAGGGGAAGACGGGCUGAAUCCCUUCUUAGAGGUCAAAGUAACGGACACGCCCAAAAGGUCCCGACGAGACUUCGGUCUUGAUUGUGACGAACACUCCACCGAGUCCCGCUGCUGCCGCUACCCGCUCACGGUGGAUUUUGAAGCCUUCGGAUGGGACUGGAUCAUUGCGCCCAAGAGAUAUAAAGCCAAUUACUGCUCCGGAGAGUGUGAAUUUGUGUUUUUACAAAAAUAUCCCCAUACUCACCUUGUGCACCAAGCAAACCCCCGGGGCUCAGCGGGCCCUUGCUGCACACCCACAAAAAUGUCUCCUAUUAAUAUGCUAUAUUUUAAUGGCAAAGAACAAAUCAUAUACGGGAAAAUUCCAGCCAUGGUCGUAGAUCGCUGCGGGUGCUCGUGAGCUUCGCGGUAUGUCCAGGGCUUCCUAAGCCAUGGAAGGUCUUCCCCCUCAAUUUUGAAACUGUGAAAUUAUGUACCACAGGCUCUAGGCCUUGAGUAUGCGAUAGUAACUUAAGCACAAGCUACAGCGGAGGAACUAGAAGAGAGAAUGUUUGCAAUGGUAGCCAUUUAACCAUCCCAAUAAACCAUAUAAUAGGACAUUUUAUGAUUUCCAGAGGUUCUGAGCUAGGAGGAGAUCAAAUUGCAUUUUUGUUCACGUAUAUAGAUCUCACAACUACAAUCGAGGCAGGCAAGAACACAGCGCUUCUUGUGGUCUGCCGAAUUAAAGGGGUAUGCUUUAAAGGCAAAGUCUUAUUUCUAACAGUUUCAAUUAAUAUUCACGGAAAAAUCGUUAUGUAGCCGUUGGGAAGCGCAGGGUUGUUAUUCAUGUACACUGUUUAUUUGUAUCGUACCCUUGGUAUGCUAAGAUUCCACAGAACUGGAAUGGCGGCCUCUCCAUACGCUCCCAUUCC